CACCUGUAUCAGUGAGUAUCGGCAGACGCCGGCCUGGUCAGUGUUUCCAACGACAAUGCUUCAUCACCAACCAUUUCGGGAACUGGGCCAUCUUAUGACUUGAUUGUUUGGGCUUGUCGUCUCGCCAUCUUUUCUCAUUCUGCCAUCGCGCCUCAGCCGCCUGAUUUUGCAUUUGCAUGUGCAUUUCACACAUUCUUGACCGCAGUUGUGUGUCAUAUGCAUGCCACGAGCGAUUCGCUGGCCCAUCCUGUAUCCCGCUCAUCAUUCUAACGGACGUUGUAGACCUGCUAAAAACAAACCAAGGCCUACCCCGCCUGUUGCGGUCUGCUACAUGAGCAAUCACAGGACGUAGAUAAGGCACCUGGGUGAUAAGCGGCAUGCUCGGUGUGCCGUCUGUUGCAUAUUGGCUCACAGGAUGUGGCCUGGUUGGCAAUGGUUGCUUUGUUUAAUCCACCCAUGCUGACUUGGCCGCAGGACUUGAGAGUAAAGGAGGGUCACUUCUGACAAUAGCGCAGCGGGCCACGGCCACGAAGACAUGGCCAAACUCUGACAGAGACGAGAAUGACAGAGUUUCUCGUUGACUCGCGACUUGUGAAUCCUCGAGGCUGUGGUGGAAGUGAUCGUCAGGAGCCCGGCUCUGAGAUACUUUGCGGUCCAAUACGGAGGCUGCUGUAUCCGACACUAGUUUUCAUCCCAAGGACGGAUACCUCAAUGAUCAUCCUCAGUAAUUAAUCUUUCGCAACACAGGCGAGAUGACCAUUUGGACGCAAUCUCGGCCAACCUCUCAUUUUCUCUCCCGUCGACCCUGUUUCCUCACAUCUUUUCGCACCGCAUCCGCGUCCAACUUGGUUUUGCGCUCACGCAGAUGCAGUGAUGCGUUGUCCAACAGCCAUUAUCCCUUCCUCUCAUAGGUUAAUGCUAGGUGAUAGGAUACGGACCAGGUCCUAUCUCCACCCUGACCCAUCCUAAAUCAGGGAAGUUAACCAGUCGCUCGUCGCUUUGGCCCAUCCCUUCUCUGCUGAUCCUUGCAAUAGCCCAACACACCGGUUUCUGCAUCCUGAAAUCACAAACGCCAACUCACUCCUGCGACCAGACAAUGGCCGCGUUUUGCGGCAGUUGCAUGGAUAGUGGAACCCUGUCGCGGUAGCAGGUCAGGCUUCUAUGACAAUAAAACCCGCAGGAUCCCUCGUUGCCCAACGUCUCCCUUUUGUUCCUCAAUUUUCCUGCCCAACUCUCGCCUCUUACUACCCGACCAACCAUUCAGUCUCAUCCUUCAUAGACUACCAAACCUUUCUUAUCCUUCUUUCUCAUACACAACUAUUCAACGUUUUCAAUCUUCCAUCCGGAAUUGAAAGCAACCCAAUCAGCCUAAGGAUCCAUCCUGUCGCGCAACAACACCAACAACUCGACAGAUUGCCACUGGUCUGAACGUGCAAGACAACGUCCUAACGUUGUUCUUCGCUGAUCCACGAGCUCAAUUUGCUCUCCAUUCCGAGGAUACAAUGACUGUUACUCUUGUGACACAGCCUGCUACCAUGCACGCUUUCAAGAACUCUGACCUCGAUGAGGUUCACUCGUUGUCCAGGUACUGUUUUUCUUAAUCUUCCCUGGGAGGUUUGCAUUUGCUUUUCAAUCAUGUUGCUCGCAAAUCAUGUACACCGACAAUCUUGCUUCACUCUGUCCAAGGAUACCAAGCCAGGAAACUUCAUCCAACUCUCGACCCAAGGAUAUUUCCCGGAACAUCUUUUGCUGGAUCUCAAAGGACCUUGAUAUACCCAUGGAUAAUUACGACAACAAGCCCCUGGACUCAAAAUUGACUGGAUCUGUCCGUCCGGACAUGAAACAAUAAUAUUAUUUACUGGCCAUGCGCCUCGUGAGUAUUGCCCGCUUUCAAAUUGAAUCAGCAGCUCUUCGCCUGGAGGUCAAACCUGGACUUUUCAUGGACCACAAGGAUUUCUCUUCCGGAUAUCAGGAGGUCGACCCAAGGACAAUGGACCUUUUCCUCUGAUCUCGUUUUCUGGAUAUGGACCUUUCAUAUGCGGAUGGUGUUUCGACAGGACUUCACACGACCCAUGGAAUUUCGCCUGGACUUUCUGCUCCUUCUGUACCGCUUAGCGGUGUUAGACAUCAAGGUAGCAUCUGGCUUAAUGGCCUGCAAUCCAAUUUGAUUGCUUCUUCGUGCAGCCGCACUGGAGUUCCAUACAUGGACACCAAUUAUGCUUUCCACUGGACGUUCUUUCUGCCGGAUCACAAUGGUUACCGAGGAUCUCGCUGUUCUGCUCAAUCGACUCUGGAAUUCCAACAUCGACAAUACAUGCUAUACCAACUUGUUUUUCUGCGAAUACUUAGAUUGAAGGCCUGGACUUUACGACAUCACAUUCAACAUUCCCAACCUGCCACUGGAACACUGCCGGAUUCGAUGUGAUUUGAUUACUGUAUUGACGACCUUGCCUGGCUACAACAAUGAUCCAUGGAUGAUCCAAAGGAUUUCGACAGAAUGCAAGAUCUAAUCCUAGGUUAUGCUUCACACUGUCAUACUUGGUCUGUAAACUAAUGCCACGUCAACCUUGUCUCGAAUGCUAACCUAGUAACAGAUUCAAAGUUGAUUCCGAGUCAUGACUUCAGUCUUGUUGUUUCAUUUUUGCUUUUAUUUGCUUUCACAUUGCGAAGAACGGGACACUGACCCUUCCCCAGCGAUUAUAGCUACUCUCAGCCAACAUUGGCCUCCAACACUGGACUCUUUUCUUUUUCUUCUCAAACAGAACCAUCAGCGGACCUGUUGACAGGUUCGUCAUGGGCCACGACAGUAGAAGGACCACAGAACUUUCAAGAUUUCUCAGACAAUGGAUCCGCCCAUUCCGGAGAAGCCGAGGAGUUCAUUUUCACAUCUGGCCAUGCUACGCCCCGAGGAACCAGGGUGCCUUCCCAAGGAAACUGGUCCACAUCCAGGACUACCGCUUCUGUGACCCAAGGUGGACAAGCCAUGUCCAGGGUGAGCUCAAGCAGGUCUAGCGGCUCUUCGCUGUCACAAUCAUCACAUCUGUCCAACAUGGACUUCACAGGUAAUGCUUCCGCUCUUCAGACUGGAACCCAGGCCGGUGCUACCUUGCAUGGAAUUGAUACUUGCCUCCUGGACCCUACCGAUGGUAUCACGAACCAGAUGUACUGGCCCGGCUACUCCCUUGACGGUGGACUGAACGGUGAUGCCACCUUUUCUCUUCCCGAUGCCAACCCUCUGCAUGUUGUUCCCUCUCACAUGCAGCUCGGCCCUGAUGUCUCCCUGGUUGAGAACUCUCCUCCCAGCCCUUGGGACUGCUUUUCUAGCUCAAUCUCUCGAUCAUCUUCUCCCAACACUAUUGAGGAUUUGUGGUUCCCUAACCAGAGCCCAAACUCAUCUCCUGAGAUUCAGUGCCAGUCACCAAGGUAUGUAGCCCCCAACCGCAUAGUGACCCCUGAUCCGGUUUCUCACCAAGUCGACUGUUUUAGCCUGGACCGGAACAUCCCUUUGAUCUCUGAAGAUGCCAAUGGAAAGGCCAUUCCCACGUUCGACGAGCUUCCUGCUGCCACCUCUGCCUUCACUGGUCCACGACGACAGAACAGCGAUGGUGAGUCCGCUCGGGACCAUGACCUCUACAAGAAGGCCGCUCCAUACGAGGAUGGACUUUACCACUGCCCAUGGGAAGGACAACCAAGCUGCAACCACCGACCCGAGAAGCUCAAGUGCAACUAUGACAAAUUCGUGGACUCUCACUUAAAGCCCUACCGCUGCAAGGCUGAGUCGUGCGAGGGCGCCCGCUUCUCGUCGACAGCUUGCCUCCUCCGCCAUGAACGUGAGGCCCACGGACUCCAUGGUCAUGGCGACAAGCCUUUCCUUUGUGUUUAUGAGGGCUGUGAGCGCGCCGUUCCUGGAAAUGGAUUCCCUCGCCAGUGGAACUUGCGUGACCACAUGAAGCGUGUUCACAACGACCACGGAAGCUCCAGCGGCUCACCUACAACUGGAUCUGCUCAGCCUGCCAAGGGACGUAAGCGCAAGACUGAGACUGCCGAGACUCAGACUUCCCACAGCCGCAAGGCGACUGUCAAGUCAAUGCCUCCUCCCCCGGAGCCCAAGGAGAACAUGACCCAGCCCCUUAUUGAUCAGUGGAUGGAGCACCGCAAGGCUGUGGAGAGCCUCAUGCGAAACCUCGUCAAGCCUGAGGACACCCAGAACCUCCAGCACAUCGGAACUCUCCAGAACCGCCUGGGUUCCAUGAUGAAGCUCACCAACGACCUCAAUGCCAUCAACAACCCAGGCAACACCCUGGUUGGCACUGGCUGAAUGAUUUGUAAGUAGUUGUCUGGAUGUAUAUCCCUGGAUCAAACUAACCAUCUUUCAGACAUGCGAGUCUUGUCUGCUACCGAAAAAACACCGAAAUUGAUUUGUGCAAGUGCACAGGCAGAGAUAAGAAGUCCGUCUAAUAUAGAGACAAAUUCUGAAUCUCCAAGACGUCCCAAGGACCGGGCAAUGAUGCCUCAGAUCUACGGCAGAAGGACACGUCCAGCCGAGUAGACUCUUUUCCUAGGAACGGAUGCACUGCAUUACCACCGGAAUCCAUCAGUCCUAAGGACACGGACCACGGAUGUCAACCCAAGGAUUGCGCUAUUGCUGCGCCAGGAUGAUAACGGAGUUCCCGUUAUGGGAGAAACACCAAGGACUUUAGAGUCGAGCUGAGAAGGAAAGAGGGAGACGUCGCGAGGAGGACAACAGAUAGACUGAUCAUUCUGAUAUGAGUUUGAUACAGAUUUCACAGAGAACAAGUACAACAACAACAGAUGGCCCUUGACAACAGGAAAGGGUAGCAGAUUUAGACACUUUGUUUGGGAGGAAUUUUGAUAUUGAUAGCAUCACUGCAGAUAGGAUUUGAGUUCAAUCGAGUUUGUUUUUGAGAAGAGUCUGGUAACAUGUGGGUGUAACUAUGCAAACGCUUUCGAGAAUGGCCUGACAUGAGUAUCGUGUAUGGGUCGACCGUAUUCAUGGCCCGACUAAGUGACAUUGUUAGACGGAACAGGGUCUUUUCUCAUCCAUGUAACUGGUUUCAAGGUCCUAGAUUCAUUGUAGACACAUCGUAGAUGCGACAUCAAAGGGCGGGAAACAAGUCAAGAUCAGCGGUGAAACCUGAAGUUUUUCGGGAGAAUCAGGGCCAUGGUCUCCGGGGCCAGAUCGUGGGGAUGGUGAAUGCAGCUCUUCUGUUUCGGGAUUGUUCUCCCCUCCACUGCCUCCAUGGUUGAGACUUACCUCACCUCACGUCACUGGAACCAUAGAGAUUAUGCUUUAUAGAG